AUGCCGGAUCCUUGCACUUCAAUUUGUCUUGAUACAAAAUUCCACAGAUCCUUCAACUACUGGCACUGGCAUGCUCUGUUAGUACUGGACGUCUACGCCCCCGUGACAUCGUCAUCAUCUUUGGCUUUAUCUCAGACUUCCACCUUUUCCUUUUCCUCUCCUUCCUCUUCAUCUAUGCCGCCUUCGUAUUUCUCUCUCUCGUCUUUUUUCGCCGCAUUAUUUUCUUCUCCGCCUCGCCCGUUACAUUCUCCAUCUUCCUUAUACUCCCCCUCUUCUCCUCUAUCUUCUUCACAUCCUUCCCAUUCUUCAUCGUCCUACUUUCCUUUCUCCGCUGCUCCUCGUCCAUAUCCACCAUAUCCGCCAUCUCCCCCACAGCCUCCUCCAUCGUCGAACCCUGCGUCUACGGAUACGACAUUGCCUCUUACUCCUCUCUUUAUGAUAUCACUGCUCAAGUAUAUCUUUCAUUUUAUUUCCUCUCCUCAGUCUCUCCCAGCGCCUCUCUCGCCUCAUCUUCCGCCUUCUCCUCGGCCUAUUCCUCUUCUUCUACCACCUCCAUCUGUUCGACCAACUCCUCUUCUUCCUUCUCUGCCUGCUCUUCCUGCUCCCCCUGCCCCUCCUGCUCUUCCUCCCUCUCCAUCACCUCCCCCUGAUCCGCCAUCGUCUCGUUGCCAUAAUCGUCCCCUUUCUCUUCCUCUCCGCCUCCCGUUUUUUCCUCACCGUCUUCUUCUUCCUCCGCCUCCGCCUCCGCCUCCACCUGAGCCUGAGUCUAAGCCUGCUCGGCCUGCGUCUGCUCGGCCUGCGCUUACGUCUUCGCCUCCUUCCGCUACUGCUCCUUCUCUUCCCCCUUCUGCUAUUCCCCCUCUUCCUCAUUGUACUCAUCACCAUACUCAUCAUCAUACCCCUCCGACUACCGCCAGGCUGGCCGAGACUACCUACAGAUUGGCCAAGACUACCUGGACGCUAGGCAACCAGUUCUCAGGGCCGCUUCAAGGUCCCCUCAAGCAGAUAUAUCGGGUCAAUGCCGCCCAAGUCCGAGAUGCUGAAAAGUGGGUGACGCGAAGGCCACCCGCGUGGUGA